UUCUGUAACCGGAAAAGACGCUUGCCAUAGACGCAGUAACGGUUUUUCUUGAAACGAGUUCCCCAAUUCUCAUUUAUAUAUUCCCUAAAUGCAGCAUGACGUAACAGCAGAGUCUAAUUUCCAUGGAUAAACACAAAUAAGCUGCGGGACACAGGAAGCUAAUUCUUCUCAAGAUGUUUUUAUCCAUGAGCUCCAUAAGAAGAUGAAGAGGCUUUUUAUCUUUCUUCUCAUCUGUCACAUUGCAUCUCUGGAACCACAUUCCCUGUGGUAUAUCCUCUCUGCCACCACAGGAAUCUCAGAUUUUCCAGAGUUUUUGGGAUCUGGAGUAGUUGAUGGCGUAGUAGUGGGGUAUUGUGACAACAGCUUAAAGUAUACGAUACCCAAAACACACUGGAUGAGUAAACUAUUUGAAGAGGAUCCUCAACAUGUGCAGUGGUUGAAUAACAAGUGCUUGUUAAACCGCUUGGACUUUAAAGCGACAAUUAUAACCUUGAAACAGCGCUUCAACCAGUCAGAGGCUGUCCACAUUUUUCAGAGGUCAAAUGGAUGCUUUUGGGACGAUGAAACUGGAGAAUUUGAUGGCUUUAAUGAAUACGGUUAUGAUGGAGAAGACCUCAUAAGAUUCGACCUGAAAACCUUGACAUGGAUCAGUCCAAGACGUCAGACUGUCAUUAACAAACACAACUGGGACAGUGAUGGAAAUAAUCUGUUUUGGAAGCAUGCUUUGACUGAGGACUGCUUACGUUUUCUUAAGCUGUAUUUGAAUUAUGGGAAAAGUUCCUUACAGACAACAGUUCACCCCUCAGUGUCUCUCCUCCAGAAGAGUCCCUCCUCUGCAGUCACCUGCCAUGCUACAGGCUUCUACCCUGAAAGAGCCGCAGUGUUUUGGAGGAAAGAUGGACAGGAACUCCAUGAAGGCGUGGAGAAAGGAGAAAUCCUCCCUAACAAUGAUGGGACCUUCCAGAUGAGUGUUGAUCUCAACAUUUCUCCACCUGAGGACUGGGCGAGGUACGACUGUGUGUUUCAGUUUACUGGAGCUGAGGACAAAAUCCUGAUCAAGCUGGAUAAAGAAGUAAUCAAGACCAACCGGGAUGAGUCAUCACAGAUAAGAAUCAUCGUCAUUGCUGUCGUUUCUGUUGCGAUUGCCAUCAUCAUCAUCAUCGCUUUAGCAUUUACUGCCUACAAGAAGAGAAAUGAAAGACCACUUAACCUUGAAAGACCACUCACCCCUGACUCUGAAAACAUGUCUCUCUGAGAAACUGACUUGAGAAUCAAAACGGAGAAAUGCAGCAUCCUGCUCUGACUUUGGUCUUCUAAUGGGAUUGUGGGUAUUUAAGCUUUUAUGAAAUCAAAAAGAAUAAGUUAGGCUUUAUCAAACUAGUACUAGCCAUCCAUUUAAUUUGUACAAAUAAAAUCUCUCUAAGGAUGAAUUCCUACAUAAAUUAUGUUUUUGUUCUUUUGAAAACGAUUUUAUACUGUAUUGUAUUUAUUACCUAUACAUACUACGAGCUACAUUAACUGGCAGCAGUUGAUAAGGAUGAGUAAAUAGCCUUAACAUCAUUGUAUCUUUUGUUGGAGAAGCAUAAUUUGCACCGAAAGCUUUAAAAAGGCCCAUUUUAAUUGGAUGUACAUUUCUUUCAGCAUUUCUUUUUAUCCAAUAGAUGUAAAUAAACAUAAAUUUUAGUUUGUGGAUGUUAGUGUAACAUGUACUAACAUAUAUAACUGUGUUAGUGAAUGCAAAUUUAAAUACCUAUUUAAAUGUGCAUUGAGUCUAAAUUAAUAGACAUGCAGCAAAACUUUAUUGCUAAAAACCCAGGUUUCAAAAGCAUGCUGAAAAUAACAACCAACACAGGAGUGGUGUUAACUUUUGGAGAAGUAAUAUGUGAAAUAAUAUGUUUAAUGGUAAGCACAUUUUACCUAUGACACAUAUCUGUAUUCAUGCAGACCUAAUAUUGAUACUCAGUUGCUUUAAACUUAACAUUCCCAAAAGUUUACAUGCUAACAAUCAAAUUCAAUAAAUUAUACCAGUUUUUUGUGGGAGUUUAAAAGAAAUCAGAUAAGUUACAGUUAACUGCUUUCUAUUUAACCACUUAUGAUCGUGUGAAAGUUUGCUACAGGCAGAUGUGGGGCCAGCUGUUAUUUUUCAGGUACAACAAAGAGGAGCAGAAAAAUGUAAUCAUAACUUUAUGCUUUCUGUCACUUAAUUUUUCUUUAACUAAUAGAAAGAAAAAUGUAUAUCCAAAAUAAAAGCACAGAUGUGUUUAAUUUCUUUCAGUGUUUUCUAAAUGAGGAAAUACUCUGUCAAAUUUUCACAAAUUAUUCUGACAAAUUAUGCUGGAUAACUGCGAUAAUGAGAAUGUUGUGAAAUAUCCUUUGUUACGUUGUUGGAUUCUGUUGAUUAUAAUCUGUCCUAUUGAGUUCUAUGUGUGUAUAACUUCUAGUUAGCAGCUCUGUUUAUCUUGUAUGUAUCACAGCCAUUGUUAUGUUUGCAAUGCUUUGAAGUAAUGUUUUUACAUAAAGAAGUCUGUCUCCUAAGUCUGUUUCAACAGAACAAGGAAGAAUUUCUAAUAUGCAUAAUGUUUAGUAAAAGUCUAUGUAAUUUAAAUGCAAUGUUCUGACACAUUUUUGCUGCUUAAUUUGACAUUGAUGUUUCAGUGGCGUCAUAGUGAGAACUAUUUCCAAAAUGGAAAUUUAUGAGAAAUGUACAGCAACUGUAAACCUAAAUCGAGCUGAUACCUAUCUUUAAUUAAAUAUUAUCUACAAACCA